AUGAGGAGGGGAGGUUGUGGGGCCGCCGCCGCGGAGCACCAUCCCCGCCGCCGCCGCCCGAGCCCGAGCCCGCGCGCCUGCUCGCGCCGCCGCCGUCGCCGCGCCGCCUCACGCCCGGCCCCCUCAACGCGGCUGCUGUCGCCGUCGCCGCCCGAGCCCGCCCGCCCGCCGGCGGCGGCGCAGGCUGAGGAGAUGCGGCUCGGAGCGCCCGAGCAGGGCUAGACGCGGCCCGCCGCCGCCGCGGUUCAUCUCUGUAAGGCCAGGUGACAACUUCUGCUCUUCUUGUGGAUUACUUGGUUAACAAGACCCUACCAGUGAGACUUCGAGUUUACGCAGCGGGGACCCGAGCCUCCUCAGUUUUGUACUUGCAUGUGCUGGUGGAAGUUUGGAGCUGGUUGGAGCUACUGUUUACGUGGACAUUUUGAGCCAUUUUGAACUUAAGGCGCUGACGCUGCUAGCAAUGAGCUCCCAAAGCCAUCCAGAUGGACUUUCUGGCAGAGACCAGCCAGUGGAGCUGCUGAAUCCUGCCCGUGUGAACCACAUGUCCAGCACGGUGGACGUGGCUACAGCACUUCCUCUUCAAGUGGCCCCUGCAGCAGUACCCAUGGACCUGCGCCUGGACCACCAGUUUUCGCUGCCCUUGGAACCCGCACUGCGGGAGCAACAGCUACAGCAGGAGCUUCUAGCACUGAAACAGAAGCAGCAGAUCCAGAGGCAGAUUCUCAUUGCUGAGUUCCAGCGGCAGCAUGAGCAGCUGUCCCGGCAGCAUGAGGCCCAGCUGCAUGAGCAUAUCAAGCAGCAGCAGGAGAUGCUGGCCAUGAAGCACCAGCAGGAACUGCUGGAGCACCAGCGGAAACUGGAGCGGCACCGGCAGGAGCAGGAGCUGGAGAAGCAGCACCGUGAGCAGAAGCUGCAGCAGCUCAAGAACAAGGAGAAGGGCAAAGAGAGUGCUGUAGCAAGCACUGAGGUGAAAAUGAAGCUGCAGGAGUUUGUUCUCAACAAGAAGAAGGCACUGGCUCACCGGAACCUGAACCACUGCAUUUCCAGUGAUCCCCGCUACUGGUAUGGGAAGACACAGCACAGCUCCCUUGACCAGAGCUCUCCGCCCCAGAGUGGGGUAUCAGCCUCCUACAACCACCCAGUGUUGGGAAUGUAUGAUGCCAAAGAUGACUUCCCUCUUAGGAAAACAGCUUCUGAACCCAACCUGAAGUUACGGUCAAGGCUUAAGCAGAAAGUAGCUGAGAGACGGAGCAGCCCCCUGUUGCGCAGGAAAGAUGGCCCUGUGGCCACUGCUCUAAAAAAGCGACCCCUGGAUGUCACAGACUCCGCGUGCAGCAGCGCCCCUGGCUCCGGUCCCAGCUCUCCCAAUAGCAGCUCUGGCAACGUCAGCACUGAAAAUGGCAUCGCACCCACCAUGCCCAGCGCUCCAGCUGAGACGAGCUUGGCACACAGACUUGUGACUCGAGAAGGCUCAGUCGCCCCACUUCCUCUCUACACAUCGCCAUCCUUACCCAACAUCACCUUGGGGCUUCCUGCCACUGGCCCUGCCGCUGGUGCAGCAGGCCAGCAGGAUGCUGAGAGGCUUGCUCUCCCAGCUCUCCAGCAGCGGAUCUCCUUGUUCCCUGGCACGCACCUGACCCCGUACCUGAGCACCUCGCCCCUGGAGCGGGAUGGUGGAGCCGCUCACAACCCCCUCCUGCAGCAUAUGGUCCUGCUAGAGCAGGCACCCACCCAGACGCCCCUUGUCACAGACUGGUAUCUUUCAGGCCUGGGGGCGCUGCCCCUCCACACACAGUCCCUGGUUGGUGCGGACAGGGUGUCCCCAUCCAUUCACAAACUGCGGCAGCACCGCCCCCUGGGGCGCACACAGUCAGCACCCUUGCCACAGAAUGCACAGGCUCUGCAGCACCUGGUGAUCCAGCAGCAGCACCAGCAGUUCCUGGAGAAGCACAAGCAACAGUUCCAGCAGCAGCAGCUGCACCUCAGCAAGAUGAUCUCCAAACCCAGCGAACCACCCCGGCAGCCUGAGAGCCACCCUGAAGAGACGGAAGAGGAACUCCGUGAACACCAGGCCUUGCUGGAUGAGCCCUACCUAGACCGACUCCCUGGGCAAAAGGAACCUUCCCUAGCUGGUGUCCAGGUGAAGCAGGAGCCCAUUGAGAGUGAGGAGGAAGAGGUGGAGCCCACUCGAGACACGGAACCCAGCCAGCGCCCAGCCACUGAGCAAGAGCUGCUCUUCAGACAGCAAGCUCUCCUGCUGGAGCAACAGAGGAUCCACCAGCUAAGGAACUACCAGGCAUCAAUGGAGGCUGCUGGCAUCCCUGUGUCAUUCGGCAGCCACAGACCUCUGUCCCGGGCUCAGUCCUCCCCAGCAUCUGCCACCUUCCCCAUGUCAGUCCAGGAGCCCCCCUCCAAACCAAGGUUCACCACAGGCCUUGUGUAUGACACACUGAUGUUGAAGCAUCAGUGCACCUGUGGGAACACCAACAGCCACCCGGAGCAUGCUGGGAGGAUUCAGAGCAUCUGGUCCCGCCUGCAGGAGACUGGUCUCCGUGGCAAGUGUGAGUGCAUCCGUGGACGCAAAGCUACAUUGGAAGAGCUGCAGACAGUGCACUCGGAGGCCCACACACUCCUUUAUGGCACAAACCCUCUCAACAGACAGAAACUGGACAGUAAGAAACUUCUAGGCUCGCUGACCUCCGUGUUUGUCAGGCUCCCUUGUGGUGGUGUUGGGGUGGAUAGCGACACCAUAUGGAAUGAGGUACACUCGUCGGGGGCAGCCCGCCUGGCUGUGGGCUGCGUGGUGGAGCUGGUCUUCAAGGUGGCCACGGGAGAGCUAAAGAAUGGCUUUGCUGUGGUUCGCCCCCCAGGACACCAUGCUGAGGAGAGCACACCCAUGGGGUUCUGCUAUUUUAACUCUGUGGCAAUUGCAGCCAAACUUCUCCAGCAGAGGCUGAAUGUGAGCAAGAUCCUCAUUGUGGACUGGGAUGUACACCAUGGGAAUGGGACUCAGCAGGCCUUCUACAAUGACCCCAAUGUUCUCUACAUGUCCCUGCACCGCUAUGACGAUGGGAACUUCUUCCCGGGAAGUGGAGCACCAGAUGAGGUGGGCACAGGGCCAGGCGUGGGUUUCAAUGUCAACAUGGCUUUCACGGGAGGCCUCGAACCCCCCAUGGGAGAUGCAGAGUACCUGGCAGCCUUCAGAACGGUGGUCAUGCCAAUUGCAAAUGAGUUUGCCCCCGAUGUGGUACUGGUUUCAUCAGGCUUCGAUGCUGUGGAAGGCCACCCCACACCUCUUGGAGGGUACAAUCUCUCUGCCAAAUGUUUUGGGUACUUGACGAAGCAGCUGAUGGGCUUAGCUGGUGGUCGGAUUGUGCUGGCUCUUGAGGGAGGCCAUGACCUGACAGCCAUCUGUGAUGCUUCUGAAGCGUGUGUUUCUGCUCUUCUGGGAAAUGAGCUUGAGCCUCUGCCAGAAAAGGUUCUGCAGCAGAGACCCAAUGCCAAUGCCGUCCACUCCAUGGAGAAAGUGAUGGACAUCCACAGCAAGUACUGGCGCUGCCUGCAGCGAUUGUCCUCCACCGUGGGGCACUCUCUAAUUGAGGCCCAGAAGUGUGAGAACGAAGAAGCUGAGACUGUCACCGCCAUGGCCUCACUGUCUGUAGGCGUCAAACCUGCUGAGAAGAGAUCGGAGGAGGAGCCUAUGGAGGAGGAGCCACCACUGUAGCCCUGAAGCUGCUGUUCUCUCCUUUGUUUGUCUGUCUUGAAGCUCAGCCAAGAAACUUUCCCGUGUCAUUCCUGCGUUCUGCCUUGGUGCUCUCUCUGAGUGCAAAGGGACACCAGGCGUGCAGCAGCAACGGGAGGCCUUUCCGCCGCCCUGGACCACAGAUCUGGAGACGCACACGAACACCAGGUGUGGCAGAUCACAUGGAACACAGGACAGCGUGCAACACACAGGCAUACAGACAUGCGGAAAGCCAAGCACACGCUGGUGGGUUCCCCAGGGGAAGACCGCGAAGGAAGAAGCCUGUAGCAACUGAGGCAGAGUUGCUGAAUCAAGUUGACAUGAGGAAUGAAAAUCAAAGAUCUAAUAAUACAGAAAAAAACUUGAUUAAAACUGGUGCUUAACAUUUGAUUCUUACCCACAAUCCCACAGUCUCCGUGUAAACCACUCAACUCAUCUUGUAGCUUUUUUUUUUUUUAAAAAAACAGAGAGUUUUCUAUGGCUCUGGCCUGCCUUGUGAACCUUAGUGGGGUGCUGUGGGGGUUCACAGCUUAGUGAGGGACAGAGUUGGAAGAAAUUUUAAAGAAAAAAAAAAACUGGACAGAACAGAAAUGUGAGCCUGGGAGUCAGCUGGAGCUUCUCGAAGCCAUCGGAAGAUGCGAGUUUGUGCCUUUUUUUAUUGCUCUGAUGGAUUUUUCUGUGGCUGGGUUUUCUGAAGUCUGAGGAACAAUGCCUUAAGAAAAAAAAUCACCAAGAAUUGGUGUGACAGUGUCCUGUGGCUGGCUGAACUGGUGACACUGGCCUGGCCUUACAAAAGUAUACGCCAGCCAUUGUCUCCAGAGGCCACAGUACAGCCAGCCUUGCUUGGUUUGAUCGCUGUUUAAGGAAGAUGAGGUAGUUCCAAAAGCAGCGAACACCGCCGGCAGUUUUGAAGUCCACCACAUUUUAAACGGAUCCAAAGUGUUCUUUUCUCAUCCGUCACGUAGCGGUCGAGCAUCUCCAUUCGGUUGUGAAGCAUGUCGUAGGCACACUGCAGUGUUACGAUCGGAAUGCUUUUUAUUAAAAGCAGGUAGCAUGAAGUAUUGCUUAAAUCUUAGGUAUAAAUAAAUAUAUAUAUGUAUAAUAUA